UGACGAAAAUUCCAAUAAACCUGACGAUGAUUUAAAUGAAGAUGAAUGUAAAUUGCAUAUUUGGAAAAUGUUUACCACCUUGACCACAAAGUCUCCGGCCAACCUCGCAAGGAUUUUCCAACACGGAAUCGUGAGAGCUCUAUACGAGACCUUAACACACAUACCUGCUCCGUUCAUUGAUCAUCGAGUCACAACUAAAAGUUUGGUAGAAAAGGUUCAAAGAGAUUUAAGAAAUGCGAAAUCAAG